AUGUACCCAGCCAGACGCUUACUGACGCGUUCGCUCUCCUCACUUCGCAGAAAGCCUUUUCCAACCCCCAAUCCCGGGCCUCUGUUACCCCUAAAUGAGCCUGUGGACGAAGAAAGAUGCCCAUGGUAUAGCUCCGCAAACUUCUACCCCGCGAAGCCUGGCGAAGUGCUCGCCGAUCGUUAUCAGAUCCUCGUCAAGGUUGGCUGGGGGACCACCUCUACCGUAUGGUUUGCUCGUGAUAUGCGGGGAGAUGAAGACGAACCGGAAGGCGUUGUAGCACUGAAGAUAGCCAAUACCAACUCACGUGCAGGUGACGUUGCACGCGCAACUGAGCAGUAUAUUGCUGAGAAAGACCCAUCCCAUCGUGGACGUGCAGUUCUCCGAACAUCCUCAGAAUCCUUCGAGAUUACUGGUCCAGAAGGAAGACAUGUGUGUUUCGCAUAUGAGCCCAUGAGGGAGCCACUCUGGCUUUUUCGGAGGCGCUUCAAGGAUGACAUGAUCCCUCUUCCGAUUAUCAAGAUCUAUAUUCAGAUUCUUCUUGCGGGUAUCGAUUACCUUCAUACAGAUUGCAAGACAGUACAUACGGAUCUGAAGCUUGAGAAUAUCAUGGUCUCAUUUGAAGACCCCGCGGUGAUGGGUGACUUCAUGAACGACCAAUUCGAUCAACCAAUGGAAUAUAAAAUAGACUCCAUAGGCCGACCGGUACAUCGGCGUCACAACGAUUUUGGGCCCCUAAGACAACUCCGAAACGUUAUACCAAAGAUUGUUGAUUUUGGACAUUGCACAAGGCUCGAUGAUGAUGAUAGUUGGGGUUUGUGCCCUAUCCAGCCAGAGCACUAUCGCGCGCCAGAAGUAAUCCUUGGUUGUGGUUGGAGGAUGAGCACCGAUAUAUGGAAUUUGGGUGUUGUUUUAUGGGAUCUGAUUGAGGGCAAGGAAUUGUUCAGUCAAGUGCAUGAUGAGCAAGGCCAGUACCAGGCAAAAGCGCAUCUCGCAGAAAUGAUAGCCUUACUCGGUCCCCCACCCCAAGAGCUGAUCACAAGAUAUCGCGGAUUGCUCGACUACCAAUGGCCUGAGCCUUUAACAACGAUGGACGGCAUCGUCUACAAAAGCUCUGAUCAAUUCUUUCGUGGUCCAUUCUUUGAUAGUGAUGGAGAGUUCUUACACAAGGACCUGAUUCCGAACAGAAACCUGGCGGAUACACUCCCCUCCCUCGAAGAGAAGGAAAGAGAACAUUUCUUGUCCUUCGUGAAAUUAAUGCUUGCCUGGGUGCCGGAGGAGAGGAAGACUGCGCGUGAAUUGGUCGAGCAUCCGUUUCUUCGAGUACAGUGA